AUGCAUGGCGUGAGGAAGGACGGUGUACUUGACAACAGUGUCAGAAAUCUUGACCAGCAUACUGUCCAUCUUACACCUGGUCCUUUCAAUGUCCGGCAAUCACAGGAAACCAAGGCUGGCUUUGGCCUUAGUGCUGGGAAAAAAGAGAGUGGGCCUGUCGGAGCAGCCGAUACGAUGCAACUUGCUGACGAAAAGAGGCUUUUGGGGAACUAUCGGGCCGACCCAAAUGCAGUUAAAAUAAAUACUCCUGGUACAUCGACUAUCACCAAACCAAAAUCUAUUUCAGCUCUCAAAUCCCUUUCGACCUUCAAGCCUACGAAUACCCUUGGUCAUCGUGCAAAAAAACCCGCCACCAUUAGCCCAUUUUUUGUAUCAAAACCUGGUAUAGAGAUAUCAGUCAACGAAAGUGGUGGCUCCCCACGAAAGAAGAGAAAGACUGAGAAUGCGGCUGUAAUCGAACUGGACGACGAGGAAACUAUUAUACCAAACUCUGCAUCAUCCACAAAUCCCACCUCUAUUAUAAGCAAAUCUCUACUUCGAAACUCCCCAAAUAGUCGGGUGAAAUCAAGAGGGCUGCCAUCAUUAUCUGAGUAUUGGGAAACCAAAGACACUCAAUGCGGCCCAUGUUCGACUGAAGAUAAAAAAGCAUCCUCUAGCUGUUCCAGCAACCAACUUGAGUGCUUCGAUCCGGAAGCUUUUAUGAAAAGUGCAAAGCAAGAACGUGUCGAUCGCGCAGCGGCUCAAAGUUCCAAUCAGAACUGCCAAAAGAUGGACUCUGUUAUAUCAGCUGUUGAGAUCCCUGUCUACAGGUCAAGUGAAAAUCGAAUGCGAGACACCCGUAAUCAAAAGGCUUCUGACGGUCAUAAAUUAAUAAGGCAAGAUAGUCCUGAUGAACUGCAAGGUGACAGAACGCAAGGUGACUUCUGGAAAACACGAACUGUGUCACCGAGCGACAUACAGCCCACUCAAUUUUCAUCGACCUCUCGGACCCAAACCAGGCUCAGGAAUAGAGAUACAGAAGAUGCAAAAUUCCCUCUUACUGUUUUCCAUUCUGGGGUUAGUGCGAUCAAUGAGCCUUCGCAGCUUGUAGUGGACAAAAGUGGGUUUACCCUUCGUGUUAAGGCGACCAAAAAUCGGUUGUCGUCCAACACGUACGAUAUCAAGAAGGUUAUUAAAAUACUCCAUGACGACCGAAGUAGCCUUUCAAAAAUCCGUCUCAAGUUUUCAAAAUCUUCUACUUCAAGCGACACUGCGGAUAUGAUAUUCGCAAACGGUGAAGAUCGUGAGACGUUUUGUGGCCUUCUUCAACGCCUAGUACCGGGCGUUAAGAAGAAUUUAAAGGAAAGUUCCUGGAUGGAUAGGGCAUUCGCCAGUGAAAGAUCUGCGAGGCCCUCAUCCCAUCUCAAAAGACCAAGCCCAAAAGAAAUUGUAAAUGAUUAUGUUUUUUUCCCAGGACCAUCAAAAAUUAAACGCUCCAAACUCAGCGAUCGACUUCUAAAUGAAUCCGCUGAUUCUUCAAAGGAGAUGACGAUUCCAAUCCGGGCACAGAGAGCCUUUAAUUCUGCAAGCCUCGGGACACCAGCCGAGUCAUUCUCUAAUCCCUGCCAUGCCCACCCUCAAGCGAGUGAGCUACACGGAGGCAUACCCAUCCCUGUUAGAAUUUACCAGAAAACUACGCCCAAUACGCAUAUGACACGGUCAAGCGCACGCCAGAAACGUGUAUCUAUCGAGAGCGAUGAAGAGAUACUAUCAGAGAUACCCAUUGGUUUGAAGACUGAAAAGAGAUGGACGAAGCCUCUUAUAUAUCCUAAAACUGGCAAGAAAAGAGCGGAAGUAGAGGCUCACGAUUUAACGCGCCUUGGGGAUGGGGAGUUCUUGAAUGACAAUCUCAUCAGUUUCUACAUUCGAUUCCUUGAGCACCACCUAGAACGAAAGCGCGUUGAGGUUCUGCAAAGAACCUACUUUUUUAACACUUUCUUUUACGCCAGUUUAAAGAAUACCCCCAAAGGGAAGAAGGGAAUAAAUUACCAGGGUGUGGAGAAAUGGACUAGGGCCAUUGAUAUAUUCAGUUGUGACUAUGUGGUCAUCCCUAUAAACGAAAAUGCUCAUUGGUAUAUGGCCAUCAUUUGCAAUUUGCCUACUCUAUUUGAAGCCAACUCCAACAGUACGCAUGUCAAAGACCGUGGGACUACCGUCGACGGCCAAAGCGAGAACGAGAGCUUCGAAGGACCGGAACAUGGGUAUAAUAAUGGCCGACUAGCAAAGGGUAAGGAUGAAACUUUUACACAUUCUUUCAGUUCAUUGGUCUCCUCGGGGAAAUCGGUAGAAUGUUCUUCCCCUAUUGGGCAUGGGGAUAUUUCCAAACAAUCCAUUGAUGCGGGGAAAGACGACUGGCCAGAGGAAGACGAGAACCAAAUAGCCGUACAAUGCAGCCUUCAACACAAGACCUCAGCACCAUCCACCCCACGACGUCAGUCCAAGCUGGAGGACAGCCAAGAAAAAAGCUCUACGUUGAGAUUAAAAAAGAAGCGGCACAAGUCUCGCCCUUCGUUACCGAAACUCGAGCCGAAACAGCCUGUUAUCAUUACCUUUGAUUCGCUGGGUUGCUCAAGAUCACCCACGAUCAAAAUCUUACGUGAAUAUCUUGAAGAAGAGGCGAAAUCAAAACGAGGCAUCACCAUAGACAGUAAGACUAUCAAAGGAAUGACGGCACAACAGAUUCCCCUCCAACCCAACUACUCCGACUGCGGCCUCUACCUUUUGGCAUAUCUUGAAAACUUUGUUCAAGAUCCAGAUACAUUCGUGACCAAACUACUUCAGAGAGAAAUGCACGCGACAGCGGACUGGCCAAAUUUGAAAUCCGGAGUACUUCGCCGUCGUCUCUAUGCCUUUUUGAAUAAGCUCUAUGACGAAGAAGAAGAGCAGCAGAAUGGUUCGAUGCUAGUAGAUACAGAACCACUAAAUAUAUUGCUGGUGGAUGCGGAAGUCGAAAGUCCGAAAGAGCAGCAGAUGCAUAUCGAAUCCCAACCCGAACCUUCUGCAUUGGCCGCCGAGUUUGGUCAAUCGAAGGACAGUUCAGAGAAGUCGCCCCUUGAGAAGAACAUCAAUCCCCGUGCCUCUUCGGAUUGUGGUACUUCGGAUGGGGCGCCUGGCUGCUGUUCCCGUUUGCCUACCCCCAUACCAGGCACACCCCCCAUGCCUGAUAAGGUAUCUCCGCCGCAUCUUACCUCUCCGGCUGUUCUCGCGCCAGGCGAGCGGGUCUAUUCCACUGACCCUUUCAUCGACGAGCUUGAAGAGCUAGUGUAUGAGUCACAAGCACCCCGAGAGUUGCGAAAGCUCGACAUCGUGGAGGUGCCCGAAACUCCGCCUUCGGUAGAGCGCACGUUGCAGGCUGAUCAGAUUAAUGACGGAUACAUUCCGAGAAGCCCUAUACUGUAA